AUGAUUGAAAAUCACCAUAGCCUUGGCUAUGGAUGCAAUUCACGACCACCAUCAGCUACCAUGCUAGGGUGGCCAUGGGUGGUGGAAUUUGGGACUAAAGUACUAGGGAAGUGUGAAGGGAACGCAGGUGUGAGUGAGUUCCGGGUUACUUGGGAGGUUGCGUUGCGUUUGGAGGUGAGCUCCUCACUACACCGUGUUGUGUUAUAUCUUCUUUACAUUAGCUCGUGUGUGCUAUGUAUUGCAUUAUUUAUGUGGGUAUUACUAGGCGGGGUAGAGUCUAGUGGUUUGCCUCACGUAUUGAGGAUUAUGCAUGGUAGGACUCGGCGCAUCCGAGUGGGGAUCGAGCGUAGCCAAUGUGUUCCAAAGGCUCGACGAACUGAGCAAGGGGGAUCGGGCAUGGCCAAUGUGUCCCAAUGGGUUCGGGUACGGGGGAUCGGGCUUAGCCAAUGUGUCCCAAGGGCACGAUGUGUUCCAAAGGCUCGACGAACUGAGCAAGGGGGAUCGGGCAUGGCCAAUGUGUCCCAAUGGGUUCGGGUACGGGGGAUCGGGCUUAGCCAAUGUGUCCCAAGGGCUCGAUGUACUGAGCAAGGGGGAUCGGGCCUAGCCAAUGUGUCCCAGUAG